AAGAUGGCGGACCACUUUGACGAGAAGAGUGGAACUGUCCCUUCGAAAACUCCAUGGGGGAAUUGGGCACAGACGAUUGAUGAAGUUUUCAUCGAGGUCAUUGUACCAAAAGGAACCAGAGGGAGAGAAAUCGUGUGUGAUAUCAGUCCAAAAAACAUAAAGUUUAGCUUAAAAGGACAAGAAUUUUUCAAGGGAGAACUCUAUGGAACAGUUUUAGCUGAUGAAAGCACUUGGACAUUAGAGGACAAUGAACUUGUAAGAAUAAUUCUGGUGAAAUCUAGCAGAGAUGCAGCUAGUGGCUGGAAAUCAUUGUUGGUCAGUGAAUAUUCUGCUGACCCAUGGACUUUCAAUGAAAUGGAAAAGAAGCUAACAUUAGAAAGAUUCCAGAAAGAGAAUCCUGGAUUUGACUUCAGCAAAGCUAAUAUAACAGGAAACUAUUCUGGUGGAGGUCCAAAGUUUCCAAGCUGAGAGAAAACUUAACUGUAUUGAAACAUACAAUGAGAGUUGAAAAGAAAAGAGACUUAAUGAAUGAAGGACUAGGUCUUAAUCAGACACAACGAGAUAAUGUGUUUUUAUUGACUGAGUUGAUUCUUUAACCUGGCUCCCGUAAACAGGUUCUAAGCUACUGUUUCGAGCAUUGGCCCUUUGUCUUUUGCUCUGAUGAAGGGCUAACACUACAAACAUGAACUAUAGAAACUCUUUUGAGCGGUCAAUUUACAUUAUCAACUUAGUUGAUAAAACCAAAUGAUCUUGUUAUACUUCCCCACUGACGCAGCACCACAGUUUCUCUAAAAAAUUAUCCCCUUUACUCAUUAAUUAGAGAUAGAUGCAGAUGGGUACCCGGUUGCAUGCCAAAAAAAGACUGGAAGCAAUGUGUCACUUAAUGUUAAAAAGAUAUUGUUAACCAUACUCCUUUACUGGUUUCUUACUUAGGGCCAAAAUGCUGUCUUUUCACAAUGAAAAGGAAGCCUGCAGAAGAAUCUAGUAAACAAACAACAAAACAAACAAGGGAUUAAAAUCAUAGCUUCCCUUGUCAACUACGUUGGUUUGCUAACUUUAUGUUGUGUUCAAACACUGUAGAGAGAUAGUCAUGAAGACUUACUGAAAGUGAAUGAAACUAUGAAAAUAAA